UUACAUGACAAAUGUGACUGAGAUACAGGCUGAAAACUAGUAAAUUGACACAGUAUUUGUUUCUCUUUGGUAUGUCAUUGAACUCUGGGUAACUACGUCACAAAUUUGUUUUUCUAGAGUCUCUUUUAGUGUUAAUCGCCAGGCCUGGUCUGUUGGUAAGAUUCAUAUGCUUCUGGAUUGUGAACAGAAGAUGGCGCCGUUAAAGCAUCAAAUCUGUGCUUCGCUGCUUUUAAUGGAGUUUAUUCUGUUAGCUGCGGCUCAAAGUAGCUGUCCAGCUUAUGCUGGGGUGCCGGGCACACCUGGACACAACGGCAGCCCUGGAAGAGAUGGAAGAGACGGGUUUCCUGGACCAAAAGGAGAAAAGGGAGAUCCAGGAGUUGGUGCACAGGGACCUCCAGGGAAAAUAGGACCACCCGGUGUUGCUGGCCCUCAAGGACACAAAGGGAAUCCAGGCACUGGUGUUCAAAACGGAUUAGUAACACAGCUUCAAUCAGAUGUCAAAUACCUGACAGAGAGACUCACUAUAGUUGAGAAAGUCCUAGGAUUUCACAUGUUCAGAAAAGUCGGCCAGAAAUAUUACGUGUCUGAUGGGCUGGUGGGAAACUUUGAAAAGGCACAGAAGUUCUGCUCUGACGCUGGGGCUAAAAUUGUCCUCCCAAAAAGCGAAGAUGAGAAUAAAGUGCUAACUGCAAUGCAAGCUGCCCUCGACUCUACUUAUGUAUAUGCUGGUGCAACGGACAUAAAGAAAGAAGGGCAUUUUGUGGAUACCAGCGACCAACCGUUAACUUUCACCAACUGGAAGGAAAAAGAGCCGAAUGACCAUAAAGGAGUGGAGGACUGUACAGUUAUUUACAAAAGUGGUGUUUGGAAUGACAUUAGCUGUAAUUCAGAUUGGCAUGUGGUGUGUGAACUGUGAAACAGCUCGUGAAUCGUGGCUCUGAUGUUUGGGUAAAGAUGGAAUAAAUCGUGAAAACAGACUGGAUUUGACUCAAAGUUUACUGUCAUGAAAAUUCAGGUACAGUUUAGCAACGGUUUAAAGUUUUUU